GGAGUUUCACUCUUGUUGCCAAGGCUGGAGUGCAAUGGCGUGAUCUUGGCUCUUCACAACCUCCGCCUCCCGGGUUCAAGCAAUUCUCCUGCCUCAGCCUCCUGAGUAGCUGGGAUUACAGGUGCCGGCCACCGCACCCUGCUAAUUUUUGUAUUUUUAGUAGAGACGAGAUUUCUCCAUGUUGCUCAGGCUGGGCUUGAAGUCCCAACCUCAGGUGAUCUGCCCAUCUCAGCCUCCCAAAGUGCUGGGAUUACAGGCGUGGACUUUAUCCCUUCCUUCCUUCCUUCCUUCCUUCCUUCCUUCCUUCCUUCCUUCCUUCCUUCCUUCCUUCCUUCGACUCUAUCCUCCCUCCCUCCCUUCCUUCUUUCCUUCCUUCCUUCCGAUGGAGUCUUGCACUGUUGCCUGGGCUGGAGUGCAGUGGCAUGAUCUCAGCUCACUGCAACCUCCACCUCCUGGGUUCAAAGGAUUCUCCUGCCUCAGCCUCCCGAGUAGCUGAGCUUACAGGCACCCGCCACCACACCAUGCUAAUUUUUGUAUUUUUAGUAGAGAUGGGGUUUCACCAUCUUGGCCAGGCUGGUCUCAAACUCCUGACCUCGUGAUCCACCAGCCUCUGCCUCUCAAAGUGCUGAGAUUACAAGCGUGAGCCACCACACCCGGCCUACUUUAUCCAUUUUUCAAAGGAGGAAAGUGAGACUCAGAGAAGAGAAGUGACUGCACAGUCACCAGAGAGUACGUUGGGGAACCUAGAUUUGAAAGCAGAUUUUAGAAAUCAGCAUUGUGCAAGGCAUACUAGCUGUGAGGUAGGACUUGAUGGUCUAGUUUCUCAAUGUGGUCUUCAGUGCCUGGUUUGCAACUAACUGAGUAGUUUCUUACAGAUCCAGGCUUCCAGGCCCCACCCACAUCUGUUGAAUAGGAAUCUCUUAGGCUAGAUUUCAGGAAUUUAUAUUUUUCAGAAGCUUUCCUAGUGAUGCUUAUGCACAUUAAAGUUUGAGCACAGAUUGCUCUAAGGAGCCUUCAUGGAGAAGGCGGCAUGCAGUUUGUCUCUGAAGGGUGGAGAGGUUGGGGAGGAGGGGCCCCAUAUCAGGCUCGUCUGAUAGAGGAUUCAAGCUUGGACCUUUGACUGUCUGUCUGCAUUGUGGUCAUCAUUGUCCCUCCUCAUUAACCUUUCCAGUUUUCUCUUCAGCCUCCUCCCAAAACCUCAACAGCCUUUUCUCUGGCUUCCCUCAACAGAAUUUUCUGCAAUCUGGGAACAGGGAGGUGGUGCCCACACAGAGAUGGAUUAGCAUGUAAAGGACACACACAUACAGGGCAGACAAACAGAGGGCACUCAGUCACAGGCAGACAGGAAGGGGCAGAGAUGGGUAAACAAGAAAAGGAUACAAAAUCACAAGCGGACAGGGAAGGACUGGCGCACAGCAGAUCAUCACAAGCAGACAUAAAUGGGCUGGACAAGGACUCCUAUAAACAUGGAUGGAAAGGAAGGGCACUUACAGAGACAGAUGUAAGAAAGUCACAUACAAAGCCAUAGGAGGCAGCACUCACAGACGUAAAGGAAUGCAAAGGACACCUGCAAAUGGACAGGUGGGAGGCACAGCCAGGUAGGACGGACUCAAGUGAUUCCUCAGAACGGUAGCCCUUUACCCCACUGAGCUGAGAAGGGAUUAACCUCAAGUACCUGGCCGGGGUUGUCAGAGCCUUGCCCAUCUUUGUCUCACUGGUUGCUGCAGAGGGAGGCCAGGCCCCAGGCUCCAGGGUAAGGUGUGUUCCUGGAUGUGCACCCUGAUCCUGGUGAGGGAGAUCACCUCCUCCCUCUUACGUCACAUUUAUUUCAACUCUUAGAUGCUUAUUAUUAGACCUGCAGCCUGGCUUUUUUCUGGCUUGCAGCCCAAUUUCGUACGGGUCCCUUGGGCCCUUGCUCUUUUUAGGAUGUUUUAUUCUAAUUCCCAGCCCCAGCCGACCGGGAAGCUUCACCAGUUCAUUUACAGAUCACUUUGCCUUUAAGCAAUUUUCCCCAAUCCGCCAGCUUCCCAGACCCCCUUUCGUUCCCGACAUCACUUGCAAUUUCUAAGAGCACCAUAUCUCCCAGAAAUCUUAGUGGCCAAGGGGCUACCCUUGGGAACUUCAAGUACCGAAAUGCUCUUCUAUCCGUCUCAGUGACUGCCGUGGUGACCGGUGGGGCUUGUAGUCACCUCGGAAUUGUUAGGCGACGAAAAAAACUACUCACCCCAGGUGUCCCUGCGUCAGAGGCGGGUUUCUCCCCUGUCUCCCUCUGCUCGCCCCUAAAUCCUUCCUCGGACUCCAACUCCCGCCGUGCCUUGCGCUGAGAUCCCUGCGGCAAAGAACCGGGCUGUGCCCAAAGUGUUCUCUGGAAGUUGUAGUUCCUGUAUUGGUGAGGCAAGGAGGAGGCGGAGUGACUCGGCGGCCAUUAGCUGUGUGUAGUUGCCCGGGACUAGGAGCUUAAGUGAAGAGGGACGCCUUGUUCGGUGGAAAUCAGCCAUAGCCAUGAGUUUCUGCCGGGGCUAGCCCUAGAGUACGGAGCAGGCGGACUUCUCGGUUCCCUGCCCCGCCGGGUGGCGGGGCCUACUAGGCCUCCGGGCAUCCCCGGUCUCAAGUAGGCCUCAUCUGCUGGCAAGGGCGCCCCAAACGCGGGAGGCGCCAUGUCGCUGGUUGCUUACGCCAGCAGCGAUGAGAGCGAGCCGGAUGAGGCUGAGCCCGAGCCAGAGGAAGAGGAGGCGGUGGCCCCUACAUCUGGGCCCGCUUUAGGUGGCUUGUUCGCUUCUCUUCCUGCGCCCAAGGGUCCGGCCUUGCUGCCUCCGCCCCCUCAGAUGCUGGCCCCAGCCUUUCCCCCGCCGCUGUUGCUUCCCCCACCCACCGGAGACCCCAGGCUUCAGCCUCCUCCGCCCUUGCCCUUCGGCCUGGGAGGCUUCCCCCCACCUCCAGGCGUGAGCCCGGCUGAAGCGGCGGGAGUUGGGGAGGGACUGGGAUUGGGGUUGCCCUCGCCCCGAGGCCCUGGCCUCAAUCUGCCCCCUCCGAUUGGCGGUGCCGGUCUCCCGCUGGGGCUUCCCAAGCCAAAGAAGAGGAAAGAGCCCGUGAAGAUCGCCGCGCCGGAGUUGCAUAAGGGAGAUUCAGAUUCUGAGGAAGAUGAACCCACAAAGAAGAAAACUAUCCUUCAGGGAUCCGGUGAGGGGACUGGUUUGUCUGCCUUGCUUCCCCAACCUAAAAACCUGACUGUGAAAGAGACUAACAGGUUGCUCCUGCCCCAUGCCUUCUCCCGCAAACCCUCGGAUGGCUCCCCUGAUACUAAGCCCUCCAGACUGGCUUCUAAGACCAAGACUUCCUCUCUUGCCCCUGUUGUGGGCACCACAACCACCACUCCGUCGCCCUCUGCUAUCAAGGCUGCUGCCAAGAGUGCUGCCCUGCAGGUGACAAAGCAGAUCACACAGGAAGAAGACGACAGUGAUGAGGAAGUAGCCCCUGAAAACUUUUUCUCCCUUCCUGAAAAGGCUGAGCCACCUGGAGUUGAGCCAUACCCUUACCCCGUCCCCACUGUCCCUGAAGAGCUGCCUCCAGGCACGGAACCAGAGCCGGCUUUCCAGGACGAUGCAGCCAAUGCCCCCCUUGAAUUCAAGAUGGCAGCAGGCUCAAGUGGGGCCCCUUGGAUGCCUAAGCCUGGGGAUGACUACAGCUACAAUCAGUUUUCCACGUAUGGCGAUGCCAAUGCCGCUGGUGCUUAUUAUCAGGAUUAUUACAGUGGUGGCUACUAUCCUGCACAGGACCCGGCCCUGGUCCCCCCCCAGGAAAUUGCCCCAGAUGCCUCCUUCAUCGAUGACGAAGCAUUUAAGCGGCUGCAGGGCAAGAGGAACCGAGGGAGAGAAGAAAUAAACUUUGUGGAGAUCAAAGGUGAUGACCAGCUCAGUGGGGCCCAGCAAUGGAUGACUAAGUCAUUGACAGAAGAGAAAACCAUGAAGUCAUUCAGCAAAAAGAAAGGUGAGCAGCCAACCGGCCAGCAGCGGCGGAAACACCAGAUUACAUAUCUUAUUCAUCAGGCCAAGGAGCGGGAGCUGGAACUGAAGAACACCUGGUCAGAGAACAAGCUCAGCCGCCGUCAGACCCAAGCCAAAUAUGGAUUCUAGGGCUCUGGAACUGAUUGCUCCCAGGAUCUCCUGCCAGCCCAGCUGGCCUGGCCCCCAGCUUCACCUCUGGGACCCCAGCUGCUCUAAGCCCAGGAUCUCUUUCCCCAAGGACCCAGCCCUCGCCUCUGCGAGAAUGAACAUAUUUGAUAGAUUUUUCUUAACAAAUUAGAAAAUUCAGCUCCUUUCUGUCCUGGAGCUAGCAAAGACUUGUGUGAUGCCUCCGAAGGGGCUCUGAGUUCUGGGAUGGGAGUUUUGCUCUCUGUCAGGUGUGAUGAAAUGUUGAACCCUCCCCACCACCACUUUUUUUUUUUUUAAACCAGGGAUGUCUGUUGAAAUAAAACAUUCAGUCUGACAAA